UAGAAUGUGUCUUCCUUUUCAACUAACAUACAGGAAUAAUUUUACAGAACAGCAGCUCUCAUCAAAAGGAAGUAUCUGCUCUUUCUCUACUCUUUCUUCUCUGUGUGUUUUGAUUAGUCAACUGCUAGCUAGCAGUGACAGUGAUAGAUAAGGACAUACAGCCAGAGGAAACAGUCAUACAACGCCUUAAAGAGAUGUCUGGUGGUCCCUUCUCCUGCUUCUCCAAACAGGGAAUACUCCUUCUCCUACUCUCCAACCUCCACUAUGGUGUGGGUGUUUCUUCAUACCUGUCAUUCCACAAGACAGUAGGGGACUCUGUGACGAUGCCUGCAGGCUUAGAGGGGCAAAAUGUCACCCUAGUUAAAUGGAGGUAUAGCGAAAAGGAUAUUGCAGAAUUCAACUCAGAAGUUUUAUAUUUCCAUGGAUCCCAGUUCAAGGGGAGACUAGAAAUGAAUGCCAAUGACUUCAGUUUAACAAUUAGGAAACUGACUCUGCAAGACUCAGGGGAAUAUGUAGUUAUUGCUGAAACAGACAAGCAACUUCCCACUAAGGCUGUGACUCUGCAGGUUCACGAGCCUAUAUCCAAGGUGGUGAUCCAGACAGACAUCAAGCUAUUGGCCAACCACUCCUGUUCAGUGUGGCUGGUGUGCAACGCAUCCAGUUACUCCAACCUCACCUACAUCUGGAAGAGAGACAAUGAGAUGUACAUGGACGUCCAGCAGAUUCACUUCUCUCUCUCACCAGCAGAGGGAGACAUUAGUGUAACGUGCAACGCCUCCAACAUAAUCAGUUGGAAAAUUGCCUUAGCGACAGUAAAGUGUAGUAAUGACACAACCAACCCAGGACUGGCAUGGUAUACCAUCUACAUCGGAGUAUCAGUAGGAGGCGCUGUGGUGCUGAUCCUCACUGUAGCUGUGGCAGUGUGCUACUGCAGGGGCCGCCGUGACACAGCAGAUCUACCUGACAACACAAUAUAUGCUGAUGUUAUGGACAACACAAUAAUUAAAGAUACAAGAUCAAACAGUCAGGUAAACCCAAUGUCAUUCUAUGAGACUGUCAAUGAUCUGGUUUUACCAAGAUUGAACAAGCCGCAGACUCUGUAUGACAAGAUCAGGUUUGGACGCCCAGAAGCCCCCCCUUCUCCUCUCCAGGAAGUACUGUGAGCUGAACAGUAUGUGGUCAUAGGGGUCUUCCAUUUACUGUAUAUAGAACCCUCUGCAUCCUCUGCACCUUACACGUGUAAAUUCUGUAGAUAGGCCUAGAUGUUACUGUUUAAUUUCAUCAUUGCUUACUUUUUUCAUGAUUGUAAUCUUCUCCC